CGUCAUGAUAAAAUAGAUCCAAUUAACCGGCCAAUAUACCAGUUAUUCAUACAUUAAUCAUACACCUCCGUAAAUAGAUUUCAAGAGUAGAUAUUCCCAGUUCCUUUUUGAAUUUUAUUUUAUUUUAUUUUUUUACGUGAACGCGAAUGGUCCUUUUUGAAUAUUAGGCCUUUCCUUAGCUUUCUUUUAGUUAUAUACAUCCCUCCAUUCCUCUCUUAAGAUGGCGCGUCCCCGGAGUGCUGUCCUUAGCGCUUCCGUCCAACUCUCACAUCGAUGGGCGGUGCCUCAUGCGCGACGACAAUAUUGCGUUGCUACUACUGCUCUUGCUGGAACUAGAUUUACCCCAUACGUCUGGAGGUCACACCGGUGGUACGCGACUGAUGCGCCUGCGAAAGCGGCGCGGGGCGGCUCCAAAGUCUUCAAAUCUGCGGAUGAGGCUGUCGCAGACUUGAAGGAUGGCGACGUGAUCUUAAGCGCAGGGUUUGGGUUAUGCGGCGUUGCUGAAACUCUCAUUCAGGCCAUACAUAAAAGGGGUCUUAAGGAUCUCACGGCCGUGUCGAAUAACGCUGGUUCCGGCGACCACGGUUUAGCCUUACUCACUAGAGACGGACGACUAAGUCGCAUUAUCCUCUCUUACCUAGGAUCGAAUAAGGAACUUGAGAAGCAGUACUUAACAGGAAAAAUAGCUGUCGAGCUAUGUCCGCAAGGCACGUUAGCGGAGAGGCUAAGAGCCGCCGGGGCUGGUAUCCCGGCAUUUUAUACGGCAACAGGCGGGAAGACGUUCGUUGAGACCGGCGAGAUACCUGUGAGAUUUACUCCGGAGGCUGUCCUGGAAAAAGGCAAGCCAAAAGAGACCAGGGUAUUCAAUGGGAAAUCCUACAUCAUGGAGACGGCUCUUCCUGGCGAUGUAGCGAUUCUGCGCGCGUGGAAGGUCGACGAGGCAGGAAAUUGCGUAUUCAAGUACACUACGAAGACGUAUGCGGGCCUUAUGGCCAAGGCGGCACGCAUCGCCAUCGUCGAAGCCGAGAACAUCGUACCGAUCGGAUCCAUCGAUCCGGACAGCGUCAAUCUCCCGGGCAUCUACAUCGACCGCAUCGUGCCGGCCACGGCGGCCAAGAAUUUCGAAGUGCUGAAGAUAGCGCCGCUUAAGGAGGAUCCGAAUUCGGGCAAACCGAGCACGCUUGACGCUCGGAAUCGCAUCGCGAGGCGUGCGGCUAAGGAGCUGCACGAUGGCUAUUACGUCAAUUUGGGCGUAGGAAUCCCUACGCUGGCGGCCACAUACCUACCCGAGAAUACGAAAGUCUGGUUGCAGUCGGAGAAUGGUAUCCUCGGUAUGGGAGGUUACCCGGCGACGGAGGAUGAAGCUGACCCGGAUCUGGUCAACGCGGGCAAGGAAACGGUCACGUUGCUACCGGGAGCGGCGACUUUCGACUCGGCCGAGUCGUUCGGCAUGAUCCGCGGUGGUCACGUUGAUGUCUCGAUCCUAGGUGCUUUCCAGGUUUCUGCGUCGGGAGAUUUAGCCAAUUACAUGAUCCCCGGCCAUAUCUUCAAGGGAAUGGGCGGCGCCAUGGACCUCGUGUCGAACCCGGAGCAAACCAAGAUCGUCGUGGCUACGGAGCACGUUGACAAGAAAGGUCGAAGCAAGAUCGUCCAGGACUGCAAACUGCCUCUAACCGGCAAGGGUGUCGUCAGCACUAUCAUCACCGACCUCGCCGUUUUCCAGGUUGAUCGCACGAAGGGCGGUUUAACGCUCACGGAGAUUGCGGAAGGGGUCGAACUCGAGACUGUUAAGGCUAAGACCGACGCGGAAUUUGCGGUUGCAGACGAUUUGAAGACGUUCUAAGAAUAGAAGCGCGAGAAAGCAAGAUACAAAGAUGAUACCAGACGAGACGUGUCAAGAUGGAAUAUGGUUCGCACCAGGAGUGUUUGUAUUUAAUCAAGAUAGUGUAUAUAAGUUAGCCUGGAUUUGUGUAUAGAAACGAAUGUUAUGAGCGCAUACGCCAUAUAUUAUAUUAUGUACAU